CCUUCUGGACACACAGACAGAGGCAGAAUGGAUUUCCUCCGGCUCCAUCUCCCUGGGCUGCAUCAGGCCUUGCGGGGGGCACUGGAGUCCUUGAGCAACUUUGUCUCCUACCUUAUAGGAGAUGAAGUCCCCACUGCAGAGAGGAGGGGGGCGCAGGCAGCAGAGGAGCUGGGAGAGCUGGAUGCAAGAAAUCUGGGGAGGCCUGUAGAGGAGGAAGCCCUGGAGGCCCUGGGAGGCAGCCGAAGUAGGGGGGCUGGAGGGCUGGAAGGGCUCGAAGAGGCUGGGAGAUGCCAGGUAGGAAGCUCAUCUGCAGAGAAAGCUUGGAGUUGGGCAGAAGGCAGCUCCCACACAUUCCAAGCAAAGAGACAGGACUCUGGGGUCUGCAAGGCUGCUGAGGCAGGGUCUGGGGCCGAGCGAGACAAGAGCGUCCAAGCCCAGGACAGUCAGGAGCUCGAUGAACAGGAAGUGAACAGAGAGACUCAGAGAACCUGGGAACAGGAGGAGGAGGAGAAGGAAGAGGUCAGGACAGGAGAGCCAGGGGUGGCCAGAGGGGUGGAGUCAGACUGGACCUGGUGCAGACAGCCUGAGGGGACAGCAGAUGGACAAGAGGUGGCAGGGGAUGGCAAGAAGGCAGAGCAGGUGGCAGAGGAGGAGAUCCAGGGGGUUGGGACAAAAGAGGAGGUAAGAGUAGAGAGAGGUGGUCACAGCUUGGGGACACAGGGAGCAUGGGAGCUAGAGGCAGAUGCUGAGGACUGGGCAACCUCAGCUAGGCAAGAGACCAAGGCAUCCUCUAGCUGGGAAGAUGACAAGACAAUCUCAGGUAGGGAAUUUUCUGAAACAGCCAUAGGCAAGGAGGAGGCUUGGAUAGCCUUAGGUAGGCAAGAUGACCAGAGGGCUUCAAGUGGGGAAGAAACCUGGACAGCCUCAGGCAAGGAGGAAGCCCAGCCCAUCUCAGGUGGGGAGGAGGCCCCGGCCAUCUCAGGCAAGGAAGAGGCCUGCACAACCUCAGGCAGGAAAGAUACUGGGAUAGAUGUGGGCAGGGAAGAUCAUGGAACACCCUCAGUUGGGGAGGCCUGGACAACCUUGGGCAGGGAUGAGGCUGGCACAGACUCGAGCAGGGAAGAUCAUGAGACAGCCUCAGAUGGGGAAGAAACCGGGACCACCUCUGGUGGGGAGGAAACUGACUACUUUGUAGGCAUCAGGGAGACAGAAGGUGGGAUGGUCCCAGGAGAAAGGGUAGCAGAGAGUGCCCAGGGAGUCUGGGCCCUGGUGGAGGCCUCCCUGGGAGACCAGGAGGUGGCAGAAGAGGAAGAGGAUGAGGGGAGUCCCUUCUUUGAUCAGGCCCAAGUGCUGGGAACUGAGGGAGCAGGAGGAGAGACCGAGGCAGCAGGCAGGGAGGCUGCAAGAGGCCAGCGUUCAGAGGUGGAGGCGGAAGAGGGUGCUGAGAGGCAGGCAGACCAGGGCAGGGAGGGAGCCAAAGAGGGAAGAGACUCAGAGAUUGGGGCUGCUGCAGACAGUGAGGAAGAGGCAGUGCAGACAGAGGAGUGCAAAAACAGAUGCUGGGUGGUGAAGGCUGAGCCACCCUCGGACACAGAAGUGACUGAGGCUGAGGCUGAGGCUGAAGACUUAGAGACUGUCCCAGAGGCCAGGCCUGAUGAGCUCUCAGGGGACAGGAGUGAGGAGGAGGAGGAUCUGUUGGAUCAGGAAGCAUUGGGGGUGGGGUGGGAUAAGCCUAAAUGUGAGGCCGGUGAAGAUCAGGAAUCCAAGUGGAUGGGAGCCCUCCAGACCCCAACACAGCCACCUGAACAAGGACUUGAGUGUGAGGCAGAGUCCUGGGAUGGCCCAGGCAUCUGCAAAGAGGAGCCAGACAUGAGCCUGGAGGAAUGUCCCGGAGCUUCAGAGCAUGCAGAGCCUAGAAGUCUGAGGGCAGGAGUCUGUGAAAGCCAGAGAGGAACUAUCCAGGAGGAGCAAGAAAUUACUGGGAAGACGGAGGAGGAGGAGGAGGAGGAGGAGGAGGAGGAGGAGGAAGAGGAGGAGCAGGAGCAGGAGCAGGAGCAGGAGCAGGAGCAGGAGCAGGAGCAGGAGCAGGAGCAGGAGCUGGAGCAGGAGCAGGAGCUGGAGCAGGAGCAGGAGCAGGAGCUGGAGCAGGAGCAGGAGGAAGAGAAGGCUGCCAGGGACCAGGCCCUGGAGCCUAAGGCCUUGGAGAAAGAGGAGGAGGUGGCUACCAGAUGCCAGACCCUGGAGGUUGAGGCUAAGGGAGGCCCGGAGUCUGCAGUGGCAGCAACUCCAGGGGCAUAUGGGGAGCAGGCAGAGGAAUUGGGGUGCAGAGAAGAGGAGGGAGAGGCCCCGGCAGCAGCAGAGAACCAAAAGCUGGGUGGAUGGUACAGGGCAGAAGCUGGGUCAGCCCAUGGGCUGGGAGAGGAGGAGGAGGCCGCUGGAGGCCAGGAGCUGGAGGAAGAGGUGAAGGAUGGCUUAGAGUUGACAACAGAGACUUGGGGGGCAGAAGGGGAGAAGGCAGAGGAAUCAGGGUGCAGAGCAGAAGAGAGAGAAGCUCCCAUAGCAGAAAACCAAGAGUUGGAUGGACUACAUGGGGCAGAAGUGGAGACAGGCCAGGGGCUGGGAGAGGGAAGUGAGGGGACACCCAGGGGAGGCUGGCGGCUGGCAGAGACUCUGAGCCUGCAGAACGCUUGGGACACAGGUCCUGUGCCCACCCAGAUCAUGGAGGAUGAGGCCAUUCCUGAGGGACAGGUGGCUCAGGCUGGGGAAGAAAGAGAGAGUGGGGGUGGAUGGGAUGGUGCAUUUAGGAGAGACUGGGGCCUUGUAGGGAGAAAGGAAGCCCACCCAGGUGAAGAACUAGUGGAGGCUGCAGAGAAAGAUGAGAGCAGUGAGCAGGGGUUAAGCCUGGUGGGAUCCUUGGAGGAGGCGCUGACAGGCAGGGUUGGCCAAACAGAGACUUUUGAGGGGAGAGAGGGUGAGCUCGGAGGACAUCAGGUGGAGACUGGGGACUCUGCAGUGGCGGAAGGAAGCUGCGGGAUGAAUGGCUUUACCUGGAACUCUCAAGGUGCAAAGCUGCAGGGGAUGGUGGUUGUAGUGGAGGCUGAGAAGCUUCCAGAAGGACAGCCACUGGAAGAAGAGGCCAUAGGAAGGCAAGCAGAGGAGCAGGGGCGAGACAGGGAGGGGCAGUCUGGGGAUCACCUCCCUGAGGGAGAGGCACCAAGGCCACUUGAAGUGGAUGUUGACGAAGUGACCAGAGAGCAGAGGAAAGAGGCCGAGGAGAUGGUUCCAGAAGGCCUAGAGAACAUCAAGUGCCACGAGGACGGGUCCACCAGCUGGGCUCCUGAAGAGGCCGAGCUUGGGCCUUGCAGGGAAGCCGAAGGAAGUCCCACUCCUGGUGAUUGGUGCGAGGAUCCUCUGCCUGGGUCUCGCCUGGACGUCUCUGUUCCACGGAGCCGAGUCCUUCUGUCCCGCAGCGCCUCCCAGCGGCGCUCUCGACCCUCAUUUCGCCGGACCCCCGCCCCGGAGCUGCAGGAGCAGUCCCCCAGCCCCCCAUCAGAAGAAGAGCCAGCAGCCCCCCAGCAGAGACUUCUGCCUGAGGAACCCCCACAACCAAGUCCCCCGAGGCCUGAAGGGACCCCAAUACCAGCCAGGAGGAGGCCCCUGGGACUCGGGUUUGGCCUUGCACACUCAGGCAUGAUGCAGGAGCUACAGGCCCGCCUGGGCCAGCCGAAGAACCAAUGACGGCUCCUCAGGCCUCAGGUGCCAGGUCCCGAGUGGACAGUGCUCUGCCUGACUGCCCCAGACACUCUGGACACCUCCCUUCCACGUUCUGGGCCUCAGUUUCUCCAUGUGUCCUUCAUGAAGCAGAUGGAAUGACCGCCAGGAGCCUGAGUCUCCCCCUUGAUGGACUGAUGGGCUGGGCCUCUGAGAUGGCUUCUCUCGACCUGUCGUGGCUGCCCAGAGGACCGAGAGGCUUCUAGACAAUUCUCCUCACAACCUGCCUUCUCCAACUUACCCACGUUCCACUCUGCUCCCCACUUCCCCAUGCUGGGACCUCAGAACACUGUGUGGGAAUCACAGCAACUUCUGGGGGGUGAAGCAAGCCCAGAGGGGAGGGGCCCAGAGGGCCCCCGGAGGUCUGUAUGCAGUCAAACAGUGGGCAAGGAGAUGACCUGACCAAGCUGCUCAGCCUCAGCCUCAGAAAAUGGCAGGUUGCUGUGGCAGUGACCAGCUGAACCAGCAGAGUGGGGAAAAAGUGGAUCAGGAACCCCUAAAUUUAGGAGCAGAGAGACACCCAGGGGGAUGGGGCUGGAGGCUAUAUACCCCCUUCUCUGAGAAGAAGCUGAGACAGAGAGAGGAUGAGAGUGCUUUAUUGGGCACCCAACAUGGCGGCCUGGCUGGAAAAAAACCAGCCAGGCCCCGAAACAAUAAAUAAACCAUCAUUUCCCUCAAGAAUAAAUAAAUAUCUGAGCAAUAAAUAUCUGAAAGGACUAAA